AUGACCCGAGAAACUAAUCAAACCCUCCCGGCAGAUAUGAAGGAAGCACACGAGCCUGCAGCCAAGUACAGAGGAGUACGCAAGCGAAAAUGGGGCAAAUGGGUGUCUGAAAUCCGCGAGCCAGGAAAGAAAACCCGGAUAUGGCUAGGAAGCUACGAGGCCCCCGAAAUGGCGGCCGCGGCCUACGAUGCUGCGGCAUUGCACCUCAGAGGACCAGGGGUGAUGCUUAACUUUCCUGAAAUGGUUGAUAGUCUUCCGAGGCUAGAGAGUUCGAGUCCCUCGGACGUGCAGUUGGCGGCUCAAGAGGCGGCAAUUAGGGGUGGGUUCGGUUCCGAACGCCCACCCCUAGCGGCAAUGAGGUUUAGGAGACUGCCAAUGGGGUCGGUUUCGACUGAGGUGGCUGGUGGCUCGAGUGGUGGCGCGGCGCCGGUGACGGUGGGACUAUCGCCGAGUCAAAUUCAGGCGAUUAAUGAGUCGCCAUUGGACUCGCCUAAGAUGUGGAUGCAGUACAUGUACAUGUCUCAUCGUGAUGAGGCUUUUUUUGUUCAGGAAGACAUGCCAUCGUCUAUGGGUUUCUAUGAUGAUCAUGAUGAUGGUUUGCAGCAUCAGUCCAUUUGGGACUCCUAGUUUAUUACUUUUCAUAUAUAAAUGACAAUGUCGUAAUUAACUAG